AUGAAAUUCUUCACCUCUGUUGUGGCUGCAAUAGUGAUAGGCACAAGCAAGUCAAUUGCUUGUCCUUUUCAUGGAAUACCUACCGGCGAUUUGCAGCCAUCAAUCGACAAGGUCCUAGAGCAUCUUAGUUCGCAGCAUCUUGCAUCCCAUGUCAGUACCGCAAUCAAGAAUGUGCGAGUCUUCGACGGGGAGAGGAUGACCGGACCCCAGACGAUCUUUGUCGACAGUGGCAAAGUUGCACCUUAUAGGCCUCACCAGAAGGCGGAUUUGGAAGUCGACGGCACCGGCAAAUUUCUUAUUCCAGGGCUCAUCGACAGCCAUCUCCACAUCGAGACGUUGGAUACCCUUGAAAUCCUGUCGUCCUAUGGCGUCACUACGGGGAUGAACAUGGUGUGUCGAAAUUACACACUCUGCUCCGCUCUUGCAGAGGUUACCGGUCAUGCUCAGUUUCUCACUGCAACGGCUGCAGCCACUAUCGCCGGUACCGGCUCGCCCCUUCUCGGAUCAACAAACAGCGCCAUACACCCGGGCGACAAUGUUACCAAAUACGUUGAUGACCAGUUCUUCACAGGAUCACCAGCGACUUGGUUGAAAAUCGUUGACCAACCAGGCGCAAACGGCCUCACACAAGCCCAGAUGAACGAACUGACCAGGGCGGCACGCACACUCGGAUAUUACUCAGUUACGCAUGCCACGUACCUCGAGACAUUUACGAAAGCAGUGAAGUCUAAGACGGAAAUCUUGCAACACAUCUCUGGUGACAAGGCCUUGCCCAAAUCUCUCAUUCAGCAGAUAGUCAGCAAUAAGCAGAUUGUCACUCCCACCAUGGCUAUCUUCCGUGUCGGUAAAAACCAACCUCUACUCCAGCAGAUUCUUCGCCAGGGCGCAAACGGUACAGCAAAUUUCACAACGGUGGUCGAAAAUGUCAGGGCAUUGCAUCAAGCAGGCAUUCCUUUGCUCGCAGGCACGGAUUCGGCCGCACUGCCGCAAUUUAACAUCAGCAUGCCGUACGGCCUAGCUCUGCACUGCGAGUUGCAGUAUCUUGUUGAGGCAGGACUGACUACGACCGAGGCGCUUCGUGCUGCAACCGUGAUUCCCGCGCUAACUCAGAGACUGUCUGGUAGAGGCAAAAUUGCUCCGGGUCUGCGCGCGGACUUGGUCCUGCUCAACUCAAAUCCACUGGUCAACAUUUCGAAUACUCGAGACAUCGCCAGAGUCUGGGCAGCAGGGAUCGAGUCGAAUGUGAUGAAGAUCAUACCCAAUCGCACGUCCCUAGAGACAGCAUUGCCCGAGCCAGAGAGAUCAGUUGGCUCAAACUCAUUACAGACAUAUGACGCUUGGGCAUUAGGAGGCCAGGUCAAGGCACAAGAUCAUUCUUCGAAACUCUUGGUCCAGAGAGCAGGGUAUGAUCAGCAUUCAAUUUCGCAUCCGCCACGCUACGAUAUCCAACAUCAGUCGUUGUGCUUCUUCCUCAAUCUGUUCUGCUUCCAGGCAGGAAGACUCUAUUCCUUUCCCGUGCUUGAUUUCUUACCAGACUUGAUUCAGAAGUCGGAGCCAGACUCAGGCAUCUAUCAAGCAGCAACAGCUGUGUCACGGCUGACAUUGGCGGAUCGGUACAGUGGGCGCGACAUUAGGCUUCAAACCGGGCGUGAAUAUGGUCGCGCUUUAAGCGUGACCAAGGCCACAAUCCGCAAUUCUGUCGCCCCCAUCCAGGACGAGACUGUCCUCGCCGUCUGGCUUCUUGGGCUCUACGAGCAUAUCAGUGUUCUAUUAUCACAUGGGAGGAGGUCAGUUGACUCCAAGAACGCAGAUGAAGAAUGGCUAUCGCAUUUGUCGCACGUUCGGGAUGCAUUGCGUCUAUUGCGUCUUCGGGGGAUGUCACAAUUCACGAAUCGUCGCUCAGAAAAGAUUUUCCGUAUCUUCAAAGCUGCCAUCGUAGGUAUUCGCUGCCCACCGGAAGCAUACCUACUAAAUAUAUUCAAGCAAAUGCGGUUGUUGAUCUUGACCCCUAUCACCUACAAGGAUUUUGAUGAGCUGGACAUUGACGUAUUCAAAGAAGAACACGAGUUCGUGCCUUCUCAAACAGCCAAUAGAGCCACAGCGUAUUUUCAUCGCGUUGCACGGCUUCUGGAGAAGAUCAGAGGAGUCCUCGCUCAGCACACUGCGAGCCGACCCCCAAAGACAAGCUCUGGGAACGAAUUGCUCAACUACGGAGAGUCUCUUGACGAAGGCAUGGUCGAUUGGAGCAAAGACGAACCUGGCUGGGAUAUUUUGCACGUACAGUCUGGCACCGCAGGCACGAUGUGGUCGUUGUAUCCUUCUCAUGCGCAAUUCUAUUUCUACAGCUUUUGGGUCUAUCUUUACUGGAUACGAUUCCUAUCUGCUCGGGUCAAGCUUUACGAAGGCCUAAUUGAAUUGCAGAAUGUUUUGAACGCUCGACAAAGGGACGCCAUGGAGGCCGAGUUGAAGAUUGCCGGGUAUCGAAACAUGAUCCAGAUUACAGCAUCCGAGCUUGUCUGGCUGACCGCCUACGCUCUAGGAGAUGUAACGCCUCUAGGAAGCUUUAACUCCUCUGUUUCUGGACGAAACCCAGGGAGAGGAUUUCAAGAAGUCAAUGUGGUAGCUGCAAUGCAGCUGGUCAUACCAUUGAAGAUGCUGCAAAGGUCUGAGUAUCCAACGGCAGCGCAGAAAGGAGCGAUAGACCUCGCCCUUGUUCAUAUCGGCGAUGGGUUCAGAAGACAACCAAUAAUCAUGGCGUAG